UCAAGUGAAGCUAACAGAGCCGGUUCGUGUGCUUACUGUAAAUUAAAACGAUCGAGAGUGCCGCCACUUAAGAGAGCGCAAACAGCUGUUUGAGUGUUCAAGUGAACGCAACUAGUUCCAAUGAGCGAUGAUAAGAAGAAUGUGCGUCGCCGCGUCAUAACGCCGACAACAGAUCAAAAUAAUACAGAUCCAUUGCUGGCCAAGGCAGCAGCAUACGCUGGCGAUGAGCAAAUCAAUGGCUGCGAGCGCGUCUUCGUUAGUCGCAACAAGAUCAAAUGGUACUGGGCGCCUGUGUUCCUAGGCGCUUGGCUGCUGCUCUAUUGCUGCAUUUCCAUACCCGCUUUUCAUCAUUUGCCACGCCCACUUAGCAUUAAAGAUGAGGCCAAGUAUCCCGAACGUUUUAUUGCAGAACGCGCCGAGCUGAAUUUGCAGCGUUUGGUGUCGCUGGGUCCACGCGUUGUGGGCAGCCGUGAGAAUGAAAUGGGCGCUGUCAAAAUUAUGACGGGCACGUUGCAGAAAAUGCGCGCCGAGCUGGGCAAUCUACAUGACUUUGAGGUGGACGUGCAGGUUGCCUCCGGCAGUUAUAUACACUGGAAUGCGGUCAACAUGUAUCAGAGCAUACAGAAUUUUGUGGUCAAGGUUAGUCCCAAGGGCAGCAACAGCAGCACGUGGGUGCUGGUCAACAGUCAUUAUGAUACGGUGCCCAAUGGACCGGGUGCAGGUGAUGAUGGCUCCAUGGUAGCCACCAUGCUGGAGACCAUACGCGUGCUGAGCAAGUCCAAGAUAGCGCUGAAGCAUCCCGUUGUAUUUCUAUUCAAUGGCGCCGAGGAGAAUCCACUGCAGGCAUCGCAUGCGUUUAUUACACAACACAAAUGGGCCAAGAACUGCAAAGCGCUCAUCAAUUUGGACUCAGCUGGCAGCGGUGGUCGCGAAAUUCUUUUCCAGUCCGGCCCCAAUCAUCCUUGGCUAAUGAAGAGUUAUCGUCGCGCUAUUAAACAUCCUUAUGCCUCUACAAUGGCUGAGGAAAUGUUUCAACACAAUUUUAUACCCUCGGAUACAGAUUUUCGCAUAUUUCGUGAUCAUGGCGCGCUGCCUGGCUUGGAUAUGGCUUAUCAAUACAAUGGUUAUGUGUAUCAUACAAGCUUUGAUCGUGCUGAGAUUAUACCACGCGGCAGCUUUCAAAAUACGGGCGACAAUUUGCUGGCGCUGGUGCGUGAAAUUUCAAGCGCUCCUGAGCUGGAAGACACUUCGAAACAUGCUGAGGGCCACACUGUUUACUAUGAUGUAAUGGGCUGGUUUCUGGUGUUUUAUACCGAAACUGAGGGCAUUAUUUUAAAUGUUUUUGUCUCGCUGGCUGCUAUACUGACCUGCAGCUUGGCCAUUAAGCUGAUGAGCCAGAACACAGGCAUUAAGCUGGAGAAAAUGCUGAAGCGCACACUGCACACUUUUGUUGUCUUGAUUCUGGCUGUGCUGGCGGGCGCUGUGCUUGCCAUUAUAAUGGGCUGCUUCAUGGAUCUGGUGCAUUUACCUUUGUCUUGGUUUACACACAAUUGGCUGGCGCUGGGCUUGUACUUUUGUCCUUUCUUCUUUGGUCUGGCCAUGGUGCCGGCACUUUACUUUCAUUAUACGGCAACGGAUCGCUUUCCCAUUGGUCAACGCGUGCAAUUGCUGCUGCAUUGCCACUGCCUGUUCUUGGCGCUGCUAACGCUGGUGCUGACCAUUUGCGGCAUUCGCUCCACAUUUGUGCUGAUGAUUAGCUGUUUGUUCUACACCGUAGCCCUGAUUUUCAAUUUGGCCACCAAGCUGUACAGUCGCAACGUUGCCUGGGUUAUACCCGUUAUAGUCUGCAUGGUGCCGCCUUUUCUGUUCUACACUUACUUCACGCACGGAUUCUUUUGCGCUUUCAUACCCAUGUUUGGACGCUUUGGCAAUGGCGUUAAUCCCGAUUUGAUUUUGGCUGUGUUCAGCAUUGCUGUCGGCAGCUUAAUUGGCGGCUUCAUUGUGCCACUGCUCAACAUGUUCCGCAAAUCCAAGACUAUUAUAAGCUGCCUAAUGGGCAUUACAUUGCUGUGCAUUAUUUUGGCUUGCACACCACUUGGAUUUCCCUAUCGCCCUGAAACGAAUGUGCAGCGCUUUGCUGUUUUGCAUGCCAAGCGCACAUUCCAUGAUGUCAACAACAAUACGAGACGCACUGACAGCGGCUACUUUAUCAUGCCACAGGACAGACGCACUUACUCGGUUAAAAAACAUCUCAUCAACAUGACUUUGGCACAAAAUGUGGAUAACGAUUGCCGCGAUGAAACUCUUUGUGGUCUGCCGCUCUACAAUAUGCGUUGGCACAAGAGGAGAGCACACAGCUUAUGGAUACCUGCCUCAGAGCCUGUACUGGGCACACCACCUGUUAUUAAAGUGCUGUCCAAGCAGCAGCUUUCGCCCAGCAAAAUACGCUUUGAAAUGCAGCUCUCUGGUCCCGAUCACAUGGGCAUCUUUAUACAGCCACUGAAUGGCGUGCGUGUGGAUAAUUGGUCCUUCCAUCAAACACCGCUGCGACUGAACUACAAGCCGCCCUAUUUUAUUUACUUUAGCUACGGCGUUAAUGGUGAUCCGCUUAAAUUCUGGCUAGAGCUGGAGAAACCCAAUGGUGAUUGGAAGUCACCCAUACUGGAAUUGGGCAUUGGUGGUCAUUGGAUACAUCAUAAGGAAUUGCAAACUUCCGAUUUUAAUAAAUUCUUGAAAAGUUUUCCCAAAUAUGUGGAUACAGCUGCUUGGCCAGCUUCUUAUGAAACUUGGAUGUACUCCAAGUAAAGCAUUCAAUUGAAAUU